AUGCCUUCCGGUCACGCUAAAGCAUCGGUCAAUGGCACCAUUGUGGCCGACGCCUCGGCCUAUGAAGUGGUUGAGGGAAACGUUUACUUCCCGCCCUCGGCCAUCAAGUCCGAGUUCUUUACCAAGACUAGCCACACGACCCACUGCCCGUGGAAGGGCGACGCCAGUUACUACACGCUCAAGGUCGGAGACAAGGAACUCGAGAACGCCGCUUGGUACUAUCCUGAUACCAAGGAAAAGGCAAACCAUAUCAAGGAUUAUGUUGCCUUUUACAAGACCAAGGUAGAUAUCACGUCGGAAGAAUAA